AUGGACUCGGGCUUCUCCUGCUACAUGACAUAUGCCAAAGAGGCAUUUACCGACUACAUCAGUCUAGACAAACCGAUUCCAGUUAGACCAUGCUUUGCCAUCUCCAUCAUCGACGCACCAGACUACCUCGCCCUGAGCGACUGCACCUUCCACACUGGCGGCGAGCAGACUCUCGUUGGCGGCCUGCGCGCCGACGGUGUGCAGCAGGUCAUCAUUGGCCCGCCUCAGCCCAUCACUAGCGCAAGUGCUACGAUAAUAACAACCAGUUUAUUGGCCCCUGCUGCAAUGGGUACUGUGCUGCUACUCUUUGCAGGCCUUGGAUCAACCCCUCCAACCCCUCCGUUUAAAGUGAAAGCUUCGAAGGGGAAGCAUCAAGGAGGCGUUCUGGGGUCUGGGGUUAGGUUUGGUGCAGAUGUUUCUAUGUACUGA